AUGCCAAACAAAAUCUCAACAGCGCAACGGGGUGGCUGUGCCCUUGAGAAGUCGCGGUGUGAACUCCACCGACGAACGUACCAUGAAUGCCUACAAUGUCAACCCCACGCCAUUCAUGGAGUGACGGUGCACAAGAACGGGCUCUUCCCAACGGAGGACGCUACCGUCGGUAGGCAACAGAAAGAACACGAAGAAACCACCGCUGUUACUGUUGGCAGAGCAAUACACAGCUCUGAUUGGCUUGGCGAUUCCCUGUCUGUGAGAGUUCCAAGUUUGGGAGAUAGUGGGGCCUUACCGCGUCUCUGGGACGCUGCAGCCAACCAGGAGACACUAGACCGGGGAUGCAAGUUGCUAGCAGUCUGCCGCGCGACUAGCACCAGCCUUAGCCCAUCUGAUGCUGCCCAGGCGUACAGGUCUCCGAAGAUCGGCGACCUUCCAGGCUUCCGCUUAUCGAGUCUGAAACUCAUAAUCGAGUCACGACUCAACACUCAAGACUCGGCAACUGAUGGACCGGGGAAGCCAUACCUGUUGAAUGCUGCCACUUCAGACACAGCCCCUGCAACGGAUCCUGGGGUGAUGGGGAAUAAAGACGUGAUAUAUAUCAAGAAGUCUGGAUUGAGAUCAAUUCGAAGGAACCGGCGGUUUGAACCCAUAGUGUUCCAUCGGUAG